AUGGGUUCGAUAGGCCCAUUGAACGAGAUAUGUGUGCCCAUGCUCGAUCAAUAUGCGUAUAAGAAACGAAAACUACGAGUUUGUACCAUCGGAGCCGGCUUCUCGGGACUGAUUUUUGCACAUAAAAUCCAACACGAGCAGCCUGAACUGCAAGAAUUUAUCGAGAAUGUCAUAUUCGAAGCAAACGACGAUAUUGGUGGAACGUGGAAGGUCAAUACAUAUCCUGGCGUACAAUGUGAUGUGCCCGCACAUAUAUACGCAUUUCCAUUCGAUCCUAAUCCCAACUGGUCUAAAUUCUAUGCAGAUGGCAGUGAGAUCCUCGAAUAUUUGCAAAAGGUAGCCGAAAAAUGGAAUCUCAAACGGGAUAUUCAAUUCCACACUCGAGUGAUUGGUCUCGAUUGGAUAGAAGACCAGGGACAAUGGAAAGUCAGAGUUCGCCAAAACGGGCACGAGGAAAGAGAAGAACUUUUUGAUGUUAUCGUCUCCGCGCAAGGAUUUUUGAGCCAGUGGAAAUGGCCUGACAUUCCUGGCAUUCACGACUUCACAGGCCACAAAGUCCACUCCGCCGCGUGGGACCACUCCUACGACUACUCGCACAAAAGAAUCGGUAUCAUCGGCAAUGGCUCGUCGGGAAUCCAAAUCUUGCCUCAAAUGGCCAAAUUGCCUGGUGCUCAAGUGACGAGUUUCCAACGCGGCGCGACAUGGAUCACACAGAGCCUAGGUGAAGCCCUGGGUGAUGCCGGAAGGAAUUUCAAUCCCCGGUAUACGAGAAAUGAACAACGACGAUUUAGGGAUCCGCAGAAACACAUGCAGUAUAGGAAGAUGCUGCAGCAUGGAAUGAAUAAAGGGUUCCGACUUUUCCGCAAAGGCUCCGUGCAAAACGCCAAAUCGACCGAAGUCACAACGGCACGCAUGCGAGCCGCGCUGAAGAACAACGAAGCUCUCUGCGAACAACUCAUCCCGAACUGGACGCUAGGCUGCCGUCGCCUCACGCCUGGCGAAGGAUACCUUGAAUCCUUCCUCCUACCGAACGUGACAUUGACCAAAUCGCCCAUCACCUCGAUCACCGCAACGGGCAUUCAGACAGAAUCCCGACACCACGAUCUGGACGUCAUUGUCUGCGCCACGGGCUUCGACGUCUCCCACAUCCCACACUACCCCGUCACCGGCCGCGGCGGGAUGACGCUGGCGAAGAAAUGGGCGGACGAACCCGAAUCCUACCUCAGCGUCGCCUGCCCCCAGUUCCCGAACUACUUCAUCUUCACGGGCCCCAACGCCACCGUCGGCCACGGCACGCUGAUCACCUCGAUGACAUGGACGGCGAGCUACAUCGUCAGGUGGCUGAACAAGAUUGCCGGCGAAGACAUUCACAGCGUCGCGCCCCGGCAGGACGCCACGGACCAAUUUGUCCGCUAUGGGGACCAGAUCCACAAGACCCUCACGUGGACGGGCGGAUGCAAGUCGUGGUACAAGAACCAUAGGGUUGAUGGACGGGUGACCGCGACGUGGCCGGGUAGUGCGUUGCUGUAUCGAGAGAUCAUUACCGGUGAAUUGCGUGGUGAGGAUUGGGAUAUUAGAUACCGGAGUCCGAAUCGGUGGAGAGGGGUGAUGGGGAAUGGCUUCACGAGGCUGGAGACCGAGGCGGAGGAGAAGGAGAAAAGUGGUGGGGAGCCUGUCGAUUUGGCAUUUUAUAUCACGACUUGA